AUACUGGAAAAUGAAACGUAAACUUCUGUCCAGUCAAGAUGACAAUCUGCUUAGCCUGACGUCAACAGACCCUGAAGUGGAAAGUUCAGUAAGUGAACCAUCAGUUGUGGAAUUCAGUCCAAAAAUUUCAGUUGCAGUUGACAGCAAACUGUCGAAUCUGAGUGAUCAAAAAUGCUCAUUCACGUGGCCAUCUGCAAUCAGUUUGUCUCGUUAUUUCUGUUCACAUCCUGAAGUUGUUUCUGGGAAGAGAAUUUUAGAAUUGGGUUGUGGGACUGGAGUGCCUUCAAUUGUUGCAUUAAAAUUAGGCGCCAAAAAAGUCAUUUUAACAGACACUGAAACCUCGUUUGCAGCAAGAACUAUUCAAUUGAAUGAUUUGAUAAGUUCCGAAAACGUGAAGUUUUUAAAUUAUAACUGGGGAUCAAUAUCGCCGUUACUACAUGACGUCGGAAGUAUCGACUUGAUCAUUGCUUCUGAUUGUUUUUACGAAAGUUAUCAAUUCGAGUUGCUGAUAAAAACAGUUGCCUACCUAAUCAAAUUGAAUGAAGGUGCCAGUUUUGUGUUCUCAUACCCACUUCGAGAUGCGCUGAAAUCUCUAAGAUGGAUUUUGAAAGAGUAUAAUUUACAUGGAUUUUUAAUUCUUAAAGAUCAGGUUGAGUCUUCUGAAAUUUUACUAUGCUGUAUUCGUAGAUUAAAGUAG